CUACGGAUUUCUCCUCUCCCUAGACCUUCACCCUUCACAAUGGACAUCGAUCCCGUCCGACGAAACAAGAAACCCCGUCUCCUGCUCGAGACGGAGCGCGAGCGUCUUGACGAAUUCAUUGACUCCAUCCACUAUUCGGCCAGGUACUCCGAUGACAAAUAUGAGUAUCGCCACGUGCAGCUGCCCAAAAACAUGCUCAAGAAGAUCCCCCAAGACUAUUUCGACAGUGCGAAGGGAACGUUGAAGUUGCUCUGGGAGGAAGAAUGGCGAGCGUUGGGGAUCACACAGAGUCUGGGUUGGGAGCAUUACGAAGUGCAUGAGCCGGAGCCUCAUAUUUUGCUAUUCAAGCGUCCUCUCAACUACCAGCCCCCACUAGCCCAAUAA